UGACAAACGUACUGUCGUGUCUUUGGGUUAUAAACUAAAACACAUGUAUGAUAAUAAUCUAUUGAUGAAAUAAAAUGAAACAAAAUAUGCGUUAGUCUGUUAUGUGGGAAGUAUUUACUAAGUGUAAUAAUAUCCUGUUGAAUAGUUUUACGUAAAUUUUUACACAAUGAGUGUAGCUCCGAAUAUUACCGGCUUAACCAACAAAAAUCUUUUCCUAGUGGAAUUUCAAGAACCUUAUACAGAGAAAGUUCUAAGGGAUGAAAGUACGCCGAACAUUCGGAGUUUAGUUUACAGUCCCAAAGGCACGUAUCUUGCUUAUAGAACUGAUAAAAAGGCUGAGAUAAUAAAAUGUGCUGACUGGACUGUGGCUGCAACAAUCAAUGGAAAUGUCAAGGAUAUGUUUUUCUCCCCCUUGGAUAAUUAUUUUGCCGUUUGGGAAAUGUUCCUGAUUACUAAAGAUGAUCCACAGGGAAAACCAAAUAUGCAUAUUUAUAAAUCGGCAAAUGGGGAGAAACUUGCAAGUUUUGUACAAAAGCAUCAAGCUGGCUGGGAACCGCAAUGGUCAUCCGAUGAAAAAUUAUUUGCCAUACAAUUUGGAGGUAAAAUAUGGAUAUAUCAUGAUGGAGAUUUUACAAGAUAUGAAUAUCAGUAUCAAGCUGAAAAACUAAAAUGUUUUAGCUUGUCUCCUAGUCCUGCACCAAACUAUUACUUUUCUGUUUUUACAUUAGGCAAGUCAGGUCAGCCGUCAUUGUGGAGAGUAUACAAAUAUCCACAAUCAGGAUCACAAGAACCCAUAUUGAGUAGAUCCUCAUUUCAGGCUGAUAAGGCGACCUUCUACUGGAAUAGACGGGGAACUAAUGUCUUCACUAUGACACAAACAGAUGUGGAUAAAACUGGUGGCUCGUAUUACGGAAGGCAGACACUUUCUUAUGGUGAUGUUAAAGGCAAUGCUGGGAAUGUCGGUUUUAGUAAAGAAGGUCCAAUCCAUGCAAUUGCAUGGAAUCCCGGAAACUGGAACGAAUGGGUGGGUGUGUAUGGGCAUGCACCCGCCAAAGCGACGCUUUUCAACGCCAAGUGCGAUGCACUCUUUGAGUUUGGCACAGGCGCUUGGAACGCUAUAUACUUCCCACCAGAAGGGAAUAUAGUCCUGUUGGGCGGGUUCGGGAACAUAGCGACUGGUCACAUCGAGGUGUGGGAUGUGCGCGGCUGCCGCAAGCUGGGCGGCUGCUCCGCGCCCGACACCACCUGCCUGCAGUGGGACCCGCGCGGCGAGACCUUCAUCACCGCCACAACCUACCCACGACUCACUGUUGGCAAUGGAUAUAAAAUAUGGCACUACACGGGUGCUUUAAUGCACAAGCGGGCUUGUGUAGAAAAGGAGGUAUUGCUAUCGAUAACUUGGCAGACGGGCAACUUCCCAAAGAGCGAACUGUCCAAAGUCCCUCCCAAGAGUAUACAGGAGGCCCCCGCGAAGCCCGCGGCCGCGUACCGCCCGCCCGGCGCUAGGAACAAGCCCUCCACAUUCACCCUACACGAGUACGAGAAGCCUCAUCGACCAGGACAAAAUGUCAACGCUGCGCCAUCCAAACAAGCGAUAAAGCAGAAAGAGAAACGCGAGGCUCGCAAAGCGCGCAAGGCGGAGGAGCGCGCAGCUGACCACAGCCCCGCCACCGCAACACUCCCCCCCGCUACACUCCCCCCCACACACACUCCACUACAGAAACAACCCUUCACUUCUACAGGGGACCCGGAAAAGGAUAAGAAGAUUAAAAACUUAAAUAAAAAAUUAAGCGACAUUGAGAAAUUAAAGCAGCAGAAGGCGGCCGGCAAAGCGCUCGAACUGAACCAGCUCGCGAAGAUCGACAGCGAGCAGACGCUGCUGCAGGAGUUGGAGAAACUCAAGUUAUGAUAACACUGUUAUAAUGAUAUAUUUUUUUACUGUUUUCAAUUUGUUUUUAAUAGUUUUAAUCUUUACUAGAUG